AUGCCUGCCAUAGAGUAUGCUGAGAACCCAGGAGUACCAGCCCUUGUGCUCUAUGUAGAGGAGGCUGUAAACAGCAUUGCUACAGGGGGUGUCUUAUUUUUUAAAUUAAGCAAUCUUCAUUUGGACCUUUGGAGCCGGUCCCUUGGGGUGCGAUUGACAGCCCCAGCAUUGCGAGUGGUGGUGGUGAAGCGGAGCAUUCCUUUUCGGGAGGAGGAGGCAGGCGCCCGGAACCAGCGGCUGCUGCAGCCCCGACAAAGUGCUGCUCGCCACGAGGCACCCCCAGGGGCGAGCAGCAGCCUUGCCUCAGUCUGGCCCGGCAGCAGCAGCAACAGUAGCGGGAGGACGAGGACGGCGCUGCUGUUGGGUCCCACUGCCUCGGGGCGAGCGGCGCUGCUGCACGCUUUGUCGGGGCUGCAGCAGCCGCUGGUGGCUUCUAUCCAUCCAGAAUGCAGAAUAUUCCAACAGCUUAUGAGAGAUGAGAGUCGGUGCUUGGGGGGAAAUGAAACUCUCUUACCAGAUUUUAAAGGAUGUGCAGGCGUUUGGGAUGGACUAAGUUGCUGGCCCAAAGCUACUUUUGGAGAGACGGUGACGCUCGCCUGCCCAGGAUUUUUUGAAGAAAUCACCAGCAUACAUGGGUUCCUGCAGAGAAAUUGCACUCCAGGCCUUUACUGGUCAGAGCCAUUCCCCCCAUAUCCAGUUGCCUGCGGGUUGGAAGAGAGUUUAACAAAAGGGCCAGAAGAUCAGAAAUCAUACUAUUCAACAUUCUGGCACAUCUACACCGCGGGCUAUGCAACUUCCCUGGCUUCGCUCAUUACAGCUCUGCUCAUCUUCACCUUCUUCCGGAAAUUCCACUGCACACGGAAUUAUAUCCACAUGCAUCUGUUUGUCUCCUUCGUCCUGAGGGCAGCUGCCGUUUUCACAAAAGACACCAUUUUGUUCUCCGAUGACAGCAUGGACCACUGCCUGAUGUCAUCGGUGGCAUGCAAGUCUGCAGUGGCUUUCUUCCAGUUCAGCAUCCUAGCCAACUUCUUCUGGUUGCUGGUCGAGGGCAUGUAUCUGCAAACCCUACUGAUGCUGACCUUUGUGUCGGACAAACAGUAUGCAUGGAGUUUCAUCCUGAUUGGCUGGGGAGCACCAGUGAUCAUAACAUUGAUAUGGAUCUUGAGCAGGAUUUACAGACAGAAUACUGGAUGCUGGGAUGAUGACGAGGAGAGCUCGGCAGUCCUGUGGAUCAUCAAAGGACCCAUCCUAUUAACUGUCAUAAUGAACUUUGCUAUCUUUCUCAACGUCAUCCGGAUUUUGGUGCAGAAAUUAAAAUCUUCAAAGACUGGAGGAAGGCAUGCAAGGCAUUUUGUGAGACUAGCAAAAUCGACGUUGCUGCUCAUCCCUCUCUUUGGGGCUCACUACAUCAUCUUUGCCUUCUUUCCAGAGAGCAUUGGGAUGGUCGCCAGGCUGUACAUUGAGCUAGGCUUGGGUUCCUUUCAGGGCUUUGUUGUCGCUCUCCUGUACUGCUUCUUAAACGGAGAAGUCCAGGCUGAGUUCAAGAAAUGCCUCCGGAAGUGGCACUACCGACAUUACCUCAGCUUUGCCCGGGUGCAUCGGAGUCUCUCCAGAGAUAACAGCCCUGUGAAUUAUGUCACACAGUUAUCUAUGCUGGACAGAAUCAGUCCCAAGAGGGGCGCCUGUCAGAAUGGCCUGUCCUCUGUCUGAAGAUGUUCCUCGCUUUCAUGACUACCAGGGUUUGGGGGAGGUACCCAGCCCUCUUGUUCCA